AUGGCCGCCACUCGCCUUCAGAGCUUCUACCGAGCUCAUCUCACCUCGCGGGCGUGGCGACUUGCGCUUGCACAGGAAUUUGACGAGAUGUUUCCCAAUAUUGCGGAUCAUGAUUCUUGGAUCCACGUCACGCGUUUGGCUGUCUUCUGUCAGUCUCCGAAUACACUCGAACAUGUAUCUCGUCUCGCUGCAUGGGCCCAUAUGGCUGUCCAGACGGAUGUAUGGUCGGAUUCUGCAUCAUGGAAAACGCUAUUUCUGAUGGCGCUCCGGUUAUCUAUACGUGCUCUCUCUUCUGGUAUGCUUCAGCAUGAUGACGCACAUGCUCUGUUCAUGCUUGUUGUGCACACCUUAGCGGGAGAUCACGGGGAGCUGCAGUGCUUCCUUGUGUAUGGCAUGCUCAAGGAAAAUCUGUAUCAUGCACUCCGUGUACACUUUGUGGGCCUGCGAAAGGAGGCUACCCCCGAGCAAACUGUUUGCGUGGAUGCCUUCCUGCAGCCUCUGCGCCUAUUUCCUGGCCCAACUCAUGGGUUUGCAGAGGUUCCCACCGAUCCACAUGCAUCACCACGCGCGCUUUGCCUCUCUGGAUUCACGGAAGAAAUACUUUCUAUCCCAAAUCUUUUGCAAAGUAUGCCUAUAUCUGCCGUAACUCAGUUCUCAGCAUCGCUACCAGUGGAUGAUGUGCUGCAGCAAGUCUGCACCUUGGGCACCUACUAUGACGUGAGCUCGGGUGACAGCAGUCUUCCGACCAAUCCGAUUCAUUGCCCAUAUUUACUGGCCAAUCUAUUGCCACUCGUCUCCAUUCGCGUCAAGUCAAUGGGAGGCCGACAACUAGCUCAGUACCUCGAAGCUUUGACGAUUCUCCAGAAUGCCUUGGACCGUUCUAUUUUCGCAGACCAAUCUUCCACCAACGCUCGUGCAUUUUCACAACUAUCCACGCUGGCAUGGCCUUCUCAUGUUGCCGAAGAUGUUCUCAUGACUGUAUUGUAUGGUUUUGAGGCUCAGCCUUCGUCUGCAAGCGUACCAUUUGGGGCCGUCGCACGAGAGCUCUGGCGCGGCUGGGUGCGGUCUAGCUCACUGGCGCGCACGAUAAGUGCACCCGGCCAUGACAUGGUCUACUAUGCAGAAGAGUUGCGAAAGCAAAUUAUCAGCCCAACUUUCGCCACUGAAUGGCCGAUGUUACUGCUACUUUACCUGGCCUCGUUCAUCAAAGCGGUUGUGUUGGAAGAGCGAGACCUGAGUCGUGUGGGCAACGAGCUCACUCACCAGUCCAUUAUGUCUGAGAGGACGCGUGCAUUUAUGACGCCUCGUUUACAAGUGCUUGAACAGAUUCCCUUUGUGAUACCUUUUGAAGUCAGAGUCGAAAUCUUCCGCCAGUUUGUGCGGAACGACGUUGAGCGUCUGGGAAUUUCGCGUGACCUUUUCUCGCCAUUCCAAAGGCAUCGUGCCACUAUUCGACGGGAUCAUAUCGCUGAAGAUGGUAUGGCGCAGCUGUACGCAUUGGGACCCCGCCUUAAAGAACCACUCGAGAUUGUGUUCAUUGACGCAUGGGGUCAGCCAGAGGCAGGUAUUGAUGGCGGUGGCGUUUUCAAAGAGUUUUUGACUUCGAUUGUCCAUGAAGUUUUCAACACUGACCGAGGCCUUUGGUGUACCAAUGACCGGCAUGAGCUUUACCCCAGCCCGUACAGCUACGCCCAAGCUGAGGAACAACUAGUAUGGUAUACCUUCAUUGGUCGCAUUCUUGGGAAGGCUCUUUAUGAGGGCAUCCUUGUGGAUGUGAAAUUUGCAGGGUUUUUUUUGAACAAAUGGUUGGGUUUGCAAGGGUAUGUGGAUGAAUUGGCCAGUCUAGAAAGCCUGGAUAAGGACCUGUAUCGUGGCUUGAUUGCUUUGAAGAACUACAAUGGCGAUGUGGAAAAUGACUUCUCACUCAAUUUCACUGUCUCGAAAGACGAAUUUGGCGAGCAAACAGUACUAGAGCUGAUUCCAGGGGAGAGCCCAAUUGAUCUGGACGAUUUGCGUCACCAUACUGUCUACGGUGGAUACCACGAAAAAGAUGUCGCUGUACAAUAUUUCUGGGAAGCUCUCGCCAUGCUGGAUCAGCCCUCCCUCAAAGCAUUUUUACGCCACGCACCUCUAAGCGCAGAAAACAUUGGCAAGGUGCAGAAUCCUUUCUAUUUGCCGGCAGUACUGUCCGAGCCUGAGUUUUCAACGGAUGGGUCUUGCACGAGUGAUGGUAGCUCUUCAGGCUUUAAGGAAAACGAAUUCAAGCAUGUGAUGCCAAAAGUUCUCACAAAGCAGACGUGGGCAGACGAGCUCGUCGAAAUGGCUCGAGAGGCAGGCUCUCGGCAUUCCCAUUCUACUUUGUCUUCUGCGCAAGACAACGAACAUGAUGUGGCUGUGGACGAUGAUGAAACAGUGCUGGGAUAUGAAACUCGUUCUGCAGGCACGCCUAUUUCAACGUCGGGUACUAUCACGCCGCAUGGCAUGCGGUCAAGGGCCAACUCGUUGGCUACCUCACCGCGUAAUGUAAUGAUAAGCCCACAGGGACCUAAACCCUCUGUUGCUGAUGCACGCCUACAGUCUGCAUCCCUGGCGUCUUCCAUGGUUCCUCCCGCUGUCACAGUCCAUGCCGCGCAGCCGUCGCGUAUGCCUCACGCGACUACGGCACGUUCAAACCUGCCGUCGAUUACUGAAAAGUCUGAGGCUCCUACAAAAUCUGCCACCACGACCUCACUUGCCGGCCGUCAGCGCCGGGGACGGGGUCUAAAGAGUGUGGAAAAUUUGACAGCCAUUCGUGGCAAUGGGAAACCGGUUUCACGGAAUAGUAUGCUUCAGAUGCUGGGGCCAACCGAGGAUGGGACAAAGCGGGACAAGUUGAAGAACAAGAGAAAGAAAGCCAAAAUUAUUUUUACUGUUGGUGAUGUGUCGGAUGAAGAGGAUAGCAAGUCGUCGACCGCGGCCAACGAUGAGGACGAAUGGGCCAGUGAGGAUGAGGAAGAGGAGCAGCGGCGCCGAGCUGCAGAGGAAGCGGCUGAGAAGGAACAGCGGGCGAAGGAGGAGGAAGCAGAGCGAAUUGAUAUGUUCCGGAAGCGUCCAAUCCGUUCCGUGAGUCUUGCUGAUCUGAAUAUGGUAGAAAAGGUGGCACAGAAUGCUCCUCAUUUGCUGCCCCCACCAGAGUCCGGACUGACUCGUGGAUUGCUCUCGACUAUGUUCCAUACUGCCGAUACUAAUCACACUCGUGGAGCAAGCGUAUCGGGGCCGGGACGGGUAGGUCGUUCGCUGCGCUUGUCUCAACUGCCGCCGCGUAUGGAUGGCCAUGAGCAAGGUCGCAACAUGUCAGUUCCUGCCUUAGCCCAAUCGCGGUCAACUAAUAAACUCUCAAAGAUAUCACAAGGACCUAACCUGGAGCGUAGUAAGAGCGUCAUUGCAUUACCACUUCUUGAUUUGACGUCGCUGCGCUCUUCUACUGCCACGGCCCGCUCGGAGUCGCCCGAAUCCACGGUGACCCGUGAUGACCAAUGUUCAGUGGCAGGUAACGAUGAUGAAGCGCAUAGCCCUGUGAACCGCACAAAGAGUUCUAAUGCUCUGGCGAGGCUGUCGGCUAUUGCGCAACGCGGAGCCUCGGAAAACGAGCCAAGACGACUAGCCUCGCUUGUUCGCUCGUACAGUGCCAUUGGCAACCUCAUGACGGUAAAAAGCACGGUGCCGCCGUCACCCACUCUAAAUGAGGAUGAGGAAGGACCAUCUCUGGCAGUGCAGGCGGACGACACACAGCCUCGAGUAACCCGUGUGCCUCAGCCGGAGCUGGUCGCAACGCUUCACCAAGAUGAACCGGAUGCAGAGGGGCAUAGAACGCCGGUGGCAGACGUAAGGGCCCCUGUUCCUUCACCUCAUAAUGCACGAGAGACCAUGAUGUACAAUGAGCUCUCCGAGAGCCUGAAGCAAAACCUAAUCUGGGAGCGCCAGUCGCGCGCUCGGAUCCUUGGCUUGACCCCUGCCCGGCCGCCAGAAGGUCGCCGAGCGUCGUCAGGCGGUGACAUGUGGCCAACAGUAAAAAAGGCCCAGGAAGACGAGUCGUUUCAUCACAAGGGAUGGUGA